AUGGCGGACGUCGAUGAAGAAGACAUCCCCCGGCCGGGUCCUGCAGACGACAAUGAAAUCGACUUAUCAGAAGAAGUACAGGACUUUCGUUUCUUGCAGACUGCAAAAGGCAACGAUGCAAAGAUCCCAAAACGUGGUGAAAAGGACUUCGAGCCACAUGCAACAGUGUUACAGUCAAACACUUUAGCCGCUUCGCGACAGGCCAUGCACAAAGCUCUAUCUUUCCAGCGAGUGCAUCAGCCGAAGACAAACAAUCCAGCUACUUACCACCCAGAGUCGAACAUGGCAUAUGCUCAGAACCCCAGAGGCCCACUCUUCGCCCGUAUGGGUCGGAUCCUCCCUAAGAAAGAGGACCCUCUCGGCGACGACGAAAUGCGUGGGAUGCGGAUGUGGUUCUUACCAGAAGAAAUCAUCUAUCUUGUUGAACGUGGUACUAUCGAUCUACGUUGGCCGAAGAGUGAGGACGACGAAGAUGGGGAAGGUUUGCCCAUGAGUCUACAGGCUUGCUAUGCUAUGUUCAUCGGCGAAGAGGCUGCUCGUGGUGGUGCGCUUACAUUCGAAAGAUAUCACGUUUACUCUGGAUUGAAACGUGCUGGAUAUACGGUCAUGCGAGCAGAGGACUGGAAGAGUCCUGGUCGUCGGGUUUCAGUUGAACAUUAUGCGCCUCCGCCGCCACGACUUUGGCAACCAGGUCUACUCAGUCUCGCAAGGAUGAAACAGUUCUUCAUGGGAACCGAAGGGAUUGAAGGACCGACCUAUGGCUCAGAGACCCUACUAGCCCCCGGUCUCUAUCGCAAUUAUGCUGAGAUCUACCGCCGGCUUGCUGUCAUACAGUGGCACGAUCCUACCAGCAUUACAGUCCCUGAGCAGCCAUUUCAUGCUGACACCGAUUCCGACUUCCGACUGACCUACGACGUCUGGAAGCCCGGUAAUACAACCUUCAAGAAGUCCGAUCAUGGCACCCCCGACUUCCGCAUAGCAGUCGUCAACGCUCGCGAGACCAAUGUGCCGAGUUUGCAGCAAAUCAGCAGUCUCCUCGAGACUACACCAUACGAUCCUCCGAAGCCCGAUGGCCAGCUGUAUCAGAAGCUGAAGCACGGGUAUAAGAAUGUAAUUCUAGCUGUAGUGGAUCAAGGCGUGAUCAGCUAUCUGCGUAUUUCUGAUGCUGCUUUUGGUCGCGAGAAGUUGUAUGAGCGCAAAGGCAAGAUGCCUGGCGGGAAGCGUGGAGGUGGUGGCGGGAGGGGCGGAAGAGGAGGUAGAGGUGGCAGGAGGUGA